AAAACCAUACACAUCUAAGCCUCAAAAACUGCUUGGGAGCAAAAAAAAAAAAAAAAAAAAAAAAAAAAAAAAAAAAAAAAGAGAGAGAGAGAGAGAGGGAAAGAGGAGUGAGCGAGAGUGAGAAGUGAGACAUCAUCCAUCCUCAGACAAUGGCUCUUGUUGCUGAUGAACUCAAGGCCAAGGCUGAGGUGUACUACGACGAUGAGAUUUGCCAGCAGUGCACCAGGCUCCUGCUCAAGGAAGCAGGCCUCCCCAAUGGCCUGCUUCCCCUGAAGGACAUCAUAGAGUGCGGCUAUGUUGAGGAGACUGGGUAUGUCUGGCUCAAGCAAAAGAAGAGGAUAGACCACGUCUUCCAGGGCCUAGGAAGGGUGGUGUCUUAUGGCACAGAGAUCACUGCUUUUGCAGAGAAGGGCAGGAUCAAGAAGGUCAAAGGGAUAAAGACCAGGGAGCUCAUGGUGUGGCUCCCAGUGGAGGAGAUCUCCCUUGAUGAACCAGCAACCGGUAAGCUCAUCUGCAAGAGUAUUGCCGGCUUUUCUAAGAUCUUCCCUGCAUCAGCUUUCCAUAUCCCAGAGAAGGAGAAUAAGAAGGCCAACUGUGCCGGACCAAAACCACUGGUCCUCAUGGAGAGAGCGCCACGAGUUGUUAGAACAACUGAUCCAUCUGCCGUCUAAGGGGCCGCCCUUCGAUCCUGCUCCUUUGUAGUACUAAAAAUAAUCGUCGAACUGGUGCUUUACUAUUUGCUUAUGUACUUCAAAUGUGAUAGCCCAAAGUUCUGCCUAUAUAGCAGCGUACGGUUGUCCUGGUAUUUAUAAACCUCUAAGCCAACCGCACAAACUCCUUUUAUGUACUUCAUAGCUCUAUGUUACUCAUGUAUUAUGCUAGUGUCGAAAACGCCCUUAUAUUAUGGGACGGAGGGAGUACCAUAUUAUGGAUGGAUUUUAUAUGAUAUGCUUUCCCAUUCUCUUUA